AGGUAGAGAUGUUAUCUUCCCUUUGUCGCCUCACCAAAAACCACUGUUUUUGCCUUAACAAUUAAUUGCCAUAUGGCAAGUGUCCUCCACCUGUUUGAUUGGAUUCCUCUUAAAUUUCUACAUACUUCCAAGCAAAGAUCAUCAUGAUCUUGUGCUAAAGUUUAAUACUUUUAAGCCACCUCAAAUAUAGGGGCUUUAUGGUACUAAUCCAAAGUUGAAUGAAUGAGUUGCCACUAAGAACUUAAUCAGCAUUUUAGGAGGGUUUAACGCUUAAGCAAUUGAAUUUCGUCCUAAACAACUGCUUUCCAUCAACAUUAGCAUAUUGAUUAAUUUUCUCAUCCUUAUCCUUAACAAUCAUCUUUGUGGUGACCCAAUUUUCCAAAGUUGACACAAAGAUGUGUUUUUUUGUCUCUUACAUGUUGAUAAUUUUUGUUUUUGGCGAAAAAUCAUUAAGUGGAGUUGGUUUUAAUUAUCAUGGUCUUCAGCAAAAUUUAAUCUUUCAUCCGAAUAGAUUAAAAUAUUACAUGUACAUGUCAUCUUAUUCUUCGAUUUCUUGAAAUUAGAUGAAAAGGGAAAAACAUUUUUUUAUGUGUAUAUGUGUGUGUUUUUUAUUUGUUUUGCAAAGCGUGUAUAUGAUGUGUGUUUGUUAAACAUGUAACGGUUGAUGACUGGAAAGGGAGGGGAAGAAGGGGUGAAAAUGCCGGCUGAGCCGGCCUUGCAAUUGUUGCUUUCGGGAGUUUGCUUCAGAAGACGGAAAAAUCCCAUCCCAUCCCCUCUCUUUGCGGUCAAUUUCUUGCAAGAAUGGACUCUCUCUCUUUCUCUCUCUCAUUGAGGAGUAGGAAAUAUUAUUAAUUUUUGGGUCUGUCUCUCUCCUAAGCAUACUAAACCCCUAACAACUCCUCAUUAUAUUACUCCAUAAAACCCCUUCCAUUUGUGGUGUUACUACAGACAUCUUCUUUGUUGCAGUAGAAAGAAAAGCAAGUCCAAGAAACAUGGCAGGCAUCCAAGUAUUCGGCGGUGAAGAUGUUUCCCUUCUUUCUCAUACGGACCCUGUUGUCUUAGAGCUCAACAGAUUGCAGAAUCAACUCAAAGAGAAGGAGAGGGGACUGGGGAAAGCUCAAAGUGAAAUUCGAGCACUGAGAGCAACUGAAGCGCUGAAGGAUAAGGCUUUGGAGGAGCUUGGAAGUGAAGUCAAAAGGUUGGAAGAGAAGCUAAGAUUGAAUGGAAACCAUCUUGAGCAGAAGAAUAUUGACAUCAAGAAGCUCACAGAUGAAAAGAAAGAAGCACUAGCUGCACAAUAUGCAGCUGAAGCAACUCUUAGAAGAGUUUACGCCAAUCAAAAAGACGAUGAUUCUAUUCCCAUUGAGUUGAUCAUUGCUCCUCUAGAGGCUGAAAUGAAGAUGCAUAAGAACGAGCUUGCAGCAUUACAGGAGGAUAAGAGGGCGCUUGAACGUCUUACAAAAUCCAAAGAAGCAGCGUUGCUUGAAGCUGAGAAAAUAUUGAGAAGUGCUUUAGAAAGAGCAUUGAUAGUCGAGGAGGUUCAAAACCAGAACUAUGAGCUUAGGAGGCAAAUUGAGAUAUGCCAGGAGGAGAAUAAAAUACUUGAUAAGACACAUAGAUAUAAGGUUUUGGAGGUUGAAAAGCUUAGCCAAACCAUCAGAGAGCUUGAGGAGGCCAUACUUGCUGGUGGAGCAGCAGCCAACACCAUCCGUGAUUACAAGCGACAGAUAUCUGAACUUAAUGACGAGAAGAGGACUCUAGAAAGGGAACUAGCAAGAAUAAAGGUUUCAGCAAACCGAGUAGCAACAGUGGUGGCUAAUGAAUGGAAAGAUGAGAACGACAAAGUUAUGCCUGUUAAACAAUGGCUAGAAGAGAGAAGGCUGCUGCAGGCAGAGAUGCAGAAAUUAAAAGACAAAUUAGCAAUCUCAGAGAGAGCUGCCAAGGCGGAGGCGCAAGUCAAGGAGAAGUUGAAGUUGAGGCUGAAGACACUAGAAGAAGGCUUAAAGAAUGCAUCCCCCAAGACUGAGAAGUCUGUCAACUUCUUUGGAAUCCUAUCAAGUAAUACCAGAACAAAGAAGAGAUCCACGUCACAACCGAGGGGGUCCACCAUCACUAAAAGCGCAAUGCAGAUGGUGGAUGAAAAACAGACGGCAGUGAAUGCAGAAAUGAGGCCUAUCAAUACCUUGAAGAAGAAAAAUCCCACAUCUGAAAGUUUGUCAAAAAAGAGUCUGUGGGCUUCUCGAAACAAGGUUAUUGACAAUAGUGAAAAGGAAAAUGCAGAGAUGAACAAGAACGCCAUGGUCAAUGACAAAAUACAGAACAAAAAUGAAGUUACUGAAAUGGGAAACACAACAGGUAUAAACGGUAGCAAUAAAGAAAUGAAAGGUUUGGAGAUAGUGGGUAUAGACGGUGAAGAUAUGGUAUCAGGAGUUUUGUAUGACAGGCUUCAGAAAGAAGUUAUACAUUUGAGGAAGUCCUCUGGCUUGAAAGACAUGACUCUGCAUUCUAAAGACGAAGAAAUCAAGUUGCUUAUGAAAAAGAUUGAAACACUGGCUAGAGCCAUAGAAGUGGAGUCCAAGAAAAUGAAGAGAGAAGCAGCAAUAAGAGAGAAGGAUUCAGCAUUAGCGACGCUGGAUGAGAAGAUAAGGAGCACAAACUCAUCCAAAAGGUCCGUGAAUGCCUCUUGAAGAUACAUCUCUGGGAAUGAGGAAGUCUCUAGAACAAUAGACAGGGUUUGAAUAUUUGUGAUGUAAAUAGGCAGCUCCAUUUCCAUGAAUGCUUAGCAACUAGCUCCAUGGUUCUUAUAAUUUAUCUGAUUUUCCUGUAUAUGUCUGUACAGAACCAUUUUCCCGAGCAGAUUAUUUAAUAAAUUAUUUGUUUAUUUA